AUUCAAUAAAGUCCAACCAUUAAUUUCCCCUUAAUUCCAGACCAAAAAUUCCCAAGGGCAGUAACACUGCUGCAACCACUUGUACCUACCUACCCACAAAUCCACAAUACACUAGAUUUUUCUAUAUAUAGAAAAAGAAAAAAAAAAGUGCUAGUCUUGCUGACGUCAUUCAAUCACCAUAACCUUCUUCCCCCAACGGUGAUAUAGCAUCCAGAUCUUGCAGAUCAAAGAAGCUUCAAAAUUCUUCUCUUCUUUCUUUACUCUCUCUCUCUCUCUCACACACACUCACACCAAAACACACAGUUGCUAAUCUUAAUGACACUAGAGAAGAAAACAAACAUGAACCGUGUGACCAAAACACACAAUCCUCAUUAGCAAACACUAUGAGACGACUCCUUUUUAUCUUUUCUUUUUUAACCUUACUCACCGCCCAACCCACUAGAAGAAUUCUCCACCAGCCACUUUUUCCGGUCAGUUCUGAACCACCACCGGACACCCAACUCCCACCACCCUUACCACCGCCUGCCACCACCACCACCCCAGACCAGCCUUUCUUCAACGAAAACCCAAAUGGGCCCACCCCAGAUCAGGCCCAAUUACAACCACCACCGACACCCACCACCCCUGCCCCACCACUGGUCGGUUCCGACACCACCACCAUCACCACUACCAACAAUAACAACAACAACAACGUACCGUCACAUCCCAUUGCCCCACAACCACCCACCAAACCCGGUAAGAAAAUAGCGGUUGCAAUUUCAGUUGGGCUUGUAACUUUAGGAAUGCUGUCAGCAUUAGCAUUCUAUGUUUACAAACACAAGUCUAAACAUUCAAAUGACACUCAAAAGCUUGUGGGCGGACGUAACCGGAAUAAUAAUAAUCAUGAAGAUAAUAUACCACCGUCUACUUUUUUAUACAUUGGCACCGUUGAGCCACCGAGAUCCGUCAGUGAGCCCAAUGGGCCACCGAUAACUUCACCGUAUCAUAAACUGAGCUCGGUUAAAGCAUCGGAGAGGUACAGGCCCAGCCCUGAUCUUCAACCACUUCCGCCGUUGAACAAACCCCAGCCGCCGCCGGUCAUCACUUCUCCGCCGGCAAUGUCGUCGUCUUCGGAUGAUGAAGGUAAUGAUUAUUAUACCCCUCAUGGAUCAAAUGCUAGCACUGAGGAUGCCAAUUCGAAUUCGAAUAAAUCAAAACGGGUUAAUUCCGGUAAUGGGAAUGGGAAUGGGAAUAGUUGUCGAUCGGUGAUCCAACAAAGAAUUGAACCGCAUUCGAAAAGAACUUCACCGAGGUCCCGACUUUCGGUUUCUUCUUCACCGGAGAGGAAACGGAAUGCUCAGCUGCAGCUGCCGCCACGGCCGCCAAUGUCUCCGCCGUCUACGGAGUACACGCAGCCGUUAGCAAUAACAUAUGGGCCCAGAAGAACCCAAUUUGCAGCACCACCUGCACCGGAUAUGACACGUUUGCAUACAGUUAGUAAUCAGUCUCCAAAAAGGGCUAAAGUAGCUCCUCCACCACCGCCGCCCCCACCACCACCGCCCCCACCGCCCCCACCGCCGCUUCCAGCACAACAGAAGAUGGGAAUUUCGCCGGUGAGACCGGCUGGUAGUCAGCAAGUGGCAAUGCCGGAAUCAAGGAGUAUUAGUCCUAAAGUGAUCCCUGGAAUUGUGAAAGAAAAACCAUUGGAGGAAGUGAACAGCAAUGGUGUUGAAGCUGAUGAUGCAGAUGGAUUGAAACCGAAGCUGAAGCCUCUACAUUGGGACAAAGUACGAGCAACUUCCGAUAGAGCAACCGUGUGGGAUCAGUUAAAAUCGAGCUCUUUUCAAUUAAAUGAGGACAUGAUGGAAUCCCUUUUCGGAUGCAACUCGAGUGGUCCAGUGAAAAAAGAAGAGACCCGUAGAUCGGUUCUACCUCCGGUUGUAAAGGAAAACAGAGUCUUGGAUCCAAAAAAGUCACAAAACAUUGCCAUUCUACUAAGAGCACUGAAUGUAACCAGGGACGAAGUCUCUGAUGCACUUCUAGAUGGAAACCCAGAAGGGUUAGGUGCUGAGCUAUUAGAAACACUGGUAAAGAUGGCACCAACCAAAGAAGAAGAGAUCAAACUUCGAGAUUAUAAAGGUGACGUGUCGAAAUUAGGGUCGGCAGAGAGGUUUCUAAAGGCAAUACUUGAUAUACCAUUUGCAUUCAAACGAGUUGAAGCUAUGCUUUACAGAGCAAACUUUGAAACAGAAGUCAAAUACCUCAGGACUUCCUUUUUAACACUAGAGGAAGCGAGUGAGGAGUUGAAGAACAGUCGUCUGUUCCUUAAACUUCUAGAAGCUGUUUUACGAACGGGUAAUCGAAUGAAUGUUGGUACUAAUCGCGGUGAAGCUACAGCUUUUAAACUCGACACGCUUUUAAAACUAGUGGAUAUAAAAGGAACAGACGGGAAGACAACAUUACUUCACUUUGUCGUUCAAGAGAUUAUCAGAUCAGAAGGCUCAGAUCACGAUGCUAAAAGCAACGGUUUAAAGAAUCAAGGGUUGCAAGUUGUUGGCGGGCUUAGUCGAGAAUUAAGUAACGUUAAAAAGGCAGCAGGAAUGGAUUCAGACGUUUUAAGCGGGUAUGUAACAAAGCUUGAAAUAGGGCUGCAGAAGAUUAGAAUAUCGGGUCAUGAGAAGCCCGAUAUGCAAGGGAACUUCUUCGAGUCGAUGAAAAAGUUUUUAAAAGAAGCGGAAAUCGAAAUUGCGAAAAUCAAGAUUGACGAACGUAAGGCGUUAGCGUCUGUGAGAGACGUGACAGAGUAUUUCCAUGGUGACACUGCACGAGAAGGGGCGCAACCGUUCAGAAUAUUUAUGAUCGUACGGGAUUUCCUAGCCGUAUUGGACCGUGUUUGCAAAGAGGUCGGUCAAAUGCAGGAUAGAACCAUGAUGGGUUCAGCGAGAUCAUUCAGGAUCGCUCCGACUGCGUCUUUACCAGUUUUGGACCGAUAUAACGUGCAUCAUAGUACUAUGAGUUCAGAUGAUGAAAGCACAUAUUCAUCUCCAUGAUAGGACCCAAUGCAUUUUGUACAAAUGUAGGUGUAUCUUGCUAUUUUGAGCAUAGAACAAAACAAAGAGAAGGUCAUGAUACUAGAGUCCAAAUGGUCAACGAGAUGGAGAAAAUGAUGAGAAUAAUGGAUGAUUUAUUGAGCAGAAGAAGGUGGUGGAAAUUUGGCAUUUCAUGGGUCUUCUAACGUGGUAUAGAAUACAUACUGAUAAUUGAAGUAAUCUUAUUUCCUUGUAUACGUUCAUGAAAGAAAAUAAAUGUUUAUUAAGGGUAUAUUUGUAGUUUAGUAUAGCAUUAUUUUUCAUCACAUGGAAUAUUUAACUUCAUACUAA